GCUGAUUCGUCUGUGCGACGUGUGCCUGCCUUUUUAUACACCCAUCGUGAUCUUGAGAGAGUAUCUGGACAUGUAUGUCCAUCGUUUACCAAGACGCCCUUCUAUGUUUGUCCCUCAUAAAUGAUGACCCCCUCCAGGCCCUUCCAGACGUAUAUGUGCUCGAAGGUGUGGGCUGCAGCGCGGGAAGGCUCUUCCGGGUCCGUGCAAGGGGCUCCUUCGCGGGGGUUAAAUUUGGUCCGCAUAUGCCAUAUACGAUCGACGAUCACGUUCCCUCUAAGUAAGCGGACCCAGUGGCUGGCUGGCUUAGUCCUUCUCCUCCCUCCUUCCUCGCUCACAGUCGCAAACUUCCGUCUUACGAGUUACAAGGUUCACCCUCCGAGCAUCAAACCUAACCAGCAGCAUAAUCGCCAGGGACCCCGCUCUCAUUCAACCCGAAUCCGAAAGAUGACACCCUCAGCCUUGCGACUUGCCCGCUCAGUAACCCGCACCGUCUCUCGUCGGUGCACCACCCCCGCCAACCCAAGCAACACACCCCCAUGGCGACGCCCGAUGUCCUCCUCCCCCCUCGCCCGCCCCUCGCCCCCACCACUCCCCCGCGCCCAGCAGCGCGAAUUCGAAGAACUCCAGCGCACCGCCGCCGCCCCGCUCGCGCGCGGCGGCACCUCGCGGGGCGACGCCGAAGCCGAGCUCACUUUACACCCGGACGCGCGAAAGCCCAUCCCGCCCGAGUUCGACGGCGACGUCAACCCGCGCACGGGCGAGCGGGGCGGGCCGAAGCGCGAGCCUGUCGGGCGGUGGGGCGAGGACGGCGGGGACUGGAGCUUCAAGGGGCGGGUGUCGGACUUCUAGAAACCGCGCUGUAUACUUAGUGUGCAAUUGGUGACCGGUGACCCUCGGGAUCCGUGCCCUUUGUGUUCAUCACUUAUCGCUUUAGACCACUUUGGCCUGUCUUAGAAGGAG